GUGUGCUGUGUCCCUCGGACACAGCAGAUCACCGAUCACGGAAAGAGCCAAAGAUGUCGGCUCGGUCACGUGAUCAGUUGUGUCCAAUCACAGCUGAUCACAUGGGACAUCUACACUGAUCAUCAGGGCACUGAAUGCCCUGAUGAUCGGUGUAACCCCAGCAGUGCCACCUGUCAGUGUCCAUCAGUGCCUUGUGCCAGUGCUCAUCAGUGCCUCAUGCUAGUGCCCAUCAGUGCCACAUAUCAAUGCCUACCAGUGCGCAUCAAUGCCGCAUAUCAGUGCCCAUCUGAGCUGCCUUUCAGUGUCACCCAUCAGUGCUGCCAGUCAGUGCCACCUAUCAGUGCUGCCAGUCAGUGCCACCUAUCAGUGCCAUGUAUCAGUGCCGCCUAAGUGCAGUGCCAUGUAUCAGUGCUGCCUAACAGUGCCAUGUAUCAGUGCUGCCCUAACAGUGCCAUGUAUCAGUGCUGCCUAACAGUGCCAUGUAUCAGUG